AUGGGUGUACUGCCACGAAAAUUCAUGUGGCGACUAUACCUCAAUGUUACUUGGCACAAUCUGGAUGACGCCGUGCUCCUAUCACCCUUACUACCGCACGCCUCCAACAACAAUAAACUAACUAUUUAUCAUCUCGUAAAAAUAGAACAUUGGGAGCUCGAUGAUUAUGAGAUUGCUGCCCUCCCAAGAGCGGAGGAGCGUGAUGGAUCUCCUCAAUCAAGUGACGACGAGGCCGGUUCUGAAGACAAUUUCGUGGCUGAACCAGACGAGGCUAUCCCUCUCGAGGAAUUGCCCAGUGAUCACUCUGACGAAGGUAUUGGUUCUCGGAUACAUAGACGAGGGGCUCGGAAGCGCAAGAGCAACUCAAGGCAAAUUGAAGCCUCGGUCAAAAGAUAUAAAAUCACUGAGGACGCUGCUCCGAGCCCACCUCUGACUUCUGCUGAGGACCCGAUUCGUAAAUCUUGCCUUGAACUCCUUGUCAGGCUCUUGACUCCCAUUUUCUCUGAGGGCUUACCCGAUGAGCCUGAGCCCCCAACGAAUGCCGUGGGGGCUGAACAAUUUGCGACUGAGCUGGAGACAUGCGUGUUCGAAAUUUAUGCCGAUCACACAGAUUUUGACAACAAAAUUCCAGGUAAUAAAUACAAGGAGAGGAUUCGUAUGCUCAAUUUUAACCUCGGAAAAAAAGAUAGGAAGGAAUUGAGGCAGAGUAUCAGAGUUGGAAGAAUCAGUCCAAAUGAACUUAGCCGAAUGUCGUCAAUCGAUCUAGCAAACUCUCAAGCUCAACAGGAAGCUCACAAGCUCGCAGAGGAAGCGAUGAAUCACUCGAUCUUACAAGCUAGGACGGCACCUCUGCGUAAAAUCACCCAUAAAGGUGAACAGGUCAUCGAACAGUCGCUGGAAGAGGAUAAUUGGCGUCUACAAGAAGAGGAAGCCGCCCGUGAUCGAGAACGGGAGCUUCAGAGGUCUCGGUCAAACACAGUUGGCUCGGCUCACGAUGGGGAGAAAACCCGUGCUAAGCUUUCGGGUAUGUUUUCCGGAGGGACGACCCAGGAAGGACCGAUGGUACAAUGCACACGCAACGAUACAACUGAAAAAGUAUUUGAUCCUGCAUCCGCAGUAUUUAACGUCGAUUUUGACGGCGACGGGCCCACUCUCCAUGAACAUGGUCCUCCUACCCCGCCUGGCUUAUCUGGGGAGCAUAUCGUAUCUUCCGAGAAUGCGUUGGGCGACGGUCUGCAGAUAGCUAGCCCCAGUGCUACUUCUGUUUCUCCUACGGCACAAAACUUUAGCCUCGACGGCAUUUUUGGGACCUCCGAACCCGCCACUUCGAUAUGGAACGACAUACGCGAAUCGGAAGGGAGCAUCAGCGCCCACUCACCGCUAGGUGAUGGUCCCGUAGCACCACCAGACGAUGCCGAUUUUGAUGCAUUCAUUACUGUGGAGGAUGAUGAAACACCCGAGGAAGCAUCUUCAAGAGAUGAUCACGCCUCUAAUACUGCCGAGCCUACCACUUCAGCAAUUAAUCCCUCUCUAGCGGAUUUAAAAACAAUUUGGCAAGGCCGUGUCGGAAUGCCUUCAACGAGUGACCCCUCCCGCAUGAUCCAAUUUCAAUCCGAAUUUAAACAAGUUGCGGGAGCACCAUUUCACGAUAUCGAGGCGAACAGGCAAUCUUUAUUCCCUGUUCCAUUAUUUGAAAUUAUUGGACGGGUUCCAACUACUCAGGCUACGAACUAUCUGGUCUCCAUGAGGCUCAAUCCUACCAAGGAACUUUUUGCUUGUAUAUUAUGUCCUAGAGAAGAUGACAAGGGAGCGUACCUGGAAUUACACCAGACUCUGCUUGGAAAAGACCGAUAUGGCCUUAUUUUUCCUUGGGGCCAGGACCCUCCACUCUCGGCUCCAGGCAAAGAGCUGUACAUUGCACCUCUAUUACCAGAGCACCCUAUCCCGGAGUACAUCCAACUUCUGGACAAUGUCAAUAUCCCGGCUAGGCGGGAAGGUCCGGUGUUUUGCGGGAUAUUCGUCCUUAGUAAGGGUCGGGUUACCGCUUUGGAUGCAAAGGAACACUCGUAUCCAACGCCGGUCGCUCCUAUCCCUUCCUUCGCCCCGGUCCCUCCCACCAUCCCUGCUACCCUACCCAAUCCGAUUGAUCCGGCUAAUUCUCUCUUGGGAGUACAGCCAGUGCUACCUAGUGUCACUUCAUCUCUAUCGAACCUCUCAGAAAGUUCGCUUGCUACCUUAAGCAAGGAUUUAGCAAGUUUGACUCCGGGCCAGCUCGAGUUGGUCCGUAGCUUAUUGGUUCAACAGCCUUUACCUGGCUCGACAUCAGCCCCAGCAGUGCCGCCGACUGGGACUACCCUUCAUCAGAAUAUGUCAUCGCGGGGACCACCGCAUCAGGGGCCGGGACUGUCCGGGCCUUUCCUGCCUACGGGACGCUCCCCGUCACAUAUAUCCGCUCCUCUUCACUGGGAUAGGCCUAGAGAGUCUUACCCCGAUCGCGGCUGGGAACCAGGCCCCGGGCCGGGACGAUACGGUCGUGACGACUAUGCUCGAGAUAAUUUCACGCGAGAAGAUCCGAGGCGAGACGACUUUAGGCUCGACGAAUUUAGACGUGAUGAUUUCGGGCGCGACGAUUUUGGCCGCGAAGAUUUCGGUCGGAGCGACUUUGCCCAGGAGGAAUUUCGACGGGAUGAAUUUAGGCGCGACGGCUUCCGGCGUGAGGUUCCCCGAGAUGAUUGGCCUCCCCAUGGCCGCAAUGACUCUCGCGACGAUCGUCCUAUCUACCGCGGUCGCGGAGGCAGGCCAUCCCACUAUCGUGGUAGGGGUAGAGGUCCACCUGCUCGAUGGCGAAAUGAAAUAUAG